GCUAAAACUACAUGGAAAUUGCAUGGAGGUAAAUUAUUACCACUUUGUUCUUCAAAAUUAACCCUUUAAGGUAAUGACUGGUGACUUGACUGUGGUUUGUACUUCAAAGUGUAAGCCCUUAGCCAGCUCAGUGCCCUGAAAGAUGUAGAGAUUAACUAAACUUAGUUUAUACAGUCAUAUUUCUAUUCACAUGAAAAAAUUUUCAUGCAAAAGAAAAAAGUAUCUACAUGUGGGUCAGUGAUACAUGAAAGUCUAAAACUAUGCAGUAUGCAAGAACUAUACAAUAACAAAAUGAUACUGUCAUUACUGAUCAGUGCAAAGGAAUUUGUAUCAGAUGUAUCAUUUACAGGAAGUCAGAAAUUAUUGCCAAGCAAUCCUACAUACAUCUUUAUAAUUAAAAUACAUUUGAUUUUGGCCAGGACCAAAUUUUUAAAAAACAGUCAUGGUAUUCCAAUUUGUUUAUGUUCAGACAUAAAAAACAACGUAUUUUCUGACAGCAAGCAACAUUUUAUUUGUGAGUCAUUCAUUCAGAUUAUUCAUUACUGGUUUUUCAGAUUUGGUUGCUGUAUAUGUCUUGGACCUAAACUACAUAUGGUGUCAGGGCAGUGUCAACAUCGUAUCUGUGAUGACUGCCUGUAUGUGAACAACGAUCGACGGCCCUGUAUGGAGAAGUGUCCUGUGUGCAAUAUGGAAAAUUCAUUUCCACUGACAAAACCAAUUAUACCAGUCCAGGUGAUCGAGAUACAGCGUUGUAUUGGUGUACAAGGUGUGUCCAAAUGGAUGUCCUGCUCAAAUGUGGUACUGGAAGUGGAAGAACAUAACAAAGAUUGGCCGCUAAAGGCCUGCAUAUCUCCAGAGAAAAAAGUUUCAACUCCACAUAGAAGACGUAGUCGGGUUGCUGAUAGAGGACAAGUUUACAACAAGGUUGGGCACACCAAAGACAGAGAAGUAAAACGGUCAUCAGGCCCUUAG